GUGCGUCCAUCCCCUUCGCAUCGCGUCUCACUUCAAUCUAGGAACCUCUCACAGCUAUUACAUACGGCUUUAAAGUGUACAUCUCGUCCGGGGAGAUUCGUCGUCGUCUGUGUCCGCGGCGCCGACAAGUCAGCCAGACCGCAGGAGAAAGGAGAGAAAUUGUUCCCACAUAUCGGUAGCAUCCGUCCGGUCGUUCGUGUUCACAAGUUGACUUGGAAAAUUAACUGGCAAACUUCAGCGGGGGAGGGUGGUUGCAUCAUCAAACAGUGCAUCGAGCGGUGCACUUGUCAGCUCGCGACUCGACUUACAUCGAAGGAUGUUGAUGCAUAAUGGUAGUGGUAUCGUGGCUGGGCCAUUGGCUUUCGCCAGCAGAGUCGGAGAUGUACAGCCACUGCAAGAACAUUUCCUAGGAUGGAACUUCCCCCCUGAACACGCGGAUCUCGUGCACCCGCAUUGGCGUGUAUUCCUCGCACCCGGAAGACUAUGGCACGUCGCCCUCGCGCUCAUUUACCUUUUGCUCCUGAUGCUGUCCCUCCUUGGGAAUGGCAUUGUUAUUUGGAUUUUUAGCACGUCAAAAUCAUUGAGGACACCAUCGAAUAUAUUUAUCUUGAAUUUGGCUGUGUUCGAUCUACUGAUGGCAACGGAGAUGCCUAUGUUGAUCAUAAACAGCUUCCUGGAACGAACCAUUGGUUGGGAGACCGGAUGCGAUGUGUAUGCUUUGCUCGGUGCGAUUUCCGGGAUGGGACAAGCGAUUACCAACGCAGCGAUCGCUUUCGAUCGAUACAGGACAAUUAGCUGUCCGAUUGACGGUAGACUGAAUGGAAAACAAGCUAUGGUACUAGCUCUAUUCACAUGGUUUUGGGCACUGCCAUUCUCGAUAUUGCCUAUGACAGGAUUGUGGGGUCGAUAUGUGGCAGAGGGUUUCCUUACGACAUGUAGCUUCGAUUAUCUAACGGAUGACGAGGACACGAAGACAUUUGUAAUAACAAUAUUCUUCUGGGCGUAUGUUCUUCCUAUGCUACUGAUUAUAUACUUUUAUUCGCAAUUGUUGAAAUCUAUUCGCUCUCACGAGAAAAUGCUCCGCGAUCAAGCUAAAAAGAUGAACGUCAAAUCACUCGUAUCAAACCAAGACAAAGAGAGAAGUGUUGAGAUGAGAAUUGCAAAAGCUGCAUUUACGAUAUUUUUCCUCUUUGUGCUUGCAUGGACACCGUAUGCAGUAGUCGCUUUAACUGGAGCCUAUGGAAAUCGCGAAGCGCUUACUCCGCUGUCGACUAUGUUACCAGCCAUAUUCGCCAAGACGGUGUCGUGCAUCGAUCCAUGGAUAUAUGCAAUCAACCAUCCUAGGUAUCGACAAGAACUGGAAAAGCGUUGCAAAUGGAUGGGAAUUCGAGAAAAAAUAGCCGAGGAUACUGUAUCGGCGCAAACGGAGAAAGUAAACGCGGAAGAAACGUAAACUUAUUGUUGAUCAACUAUUAAUGACUGUUAUCGAGAGGAUAUCGAUCGAUCACACUGCAUUUUUACCACAAAUGCAACUUCGAUCGGUCGCCUAGAUUUUUUAAAAAUACAUCUCAUUAAAAAUGUUGAUAUAAACGGAAACCCCAUUCUAUGAUAAGAAACCAAUAUAACUUCUAUAUGAAUUCUAUAUGAAUAAGAAAGGACUAAACUUCUUUAGUGUAUAUCAAGCUAUUACUACAAAUACAAGCAAAUAUGAAACUAA